GGCGAGCCCUCCACCCUUCCGGGGGCGCCGCCUGCGCCUCUUGUUCUCGUCCCCGCCAUGGCCCUCUAUAAAAAACACGGCCGCCCCGCGUCCGCCAAGGCCAAGGCUCCCCCACCACCGCACGCCACUCGCCUCCACUCGACCACUCCCCCACCUCCGCCGCUACGCUCGUCCCCAGUGGCCGGCAGGACAGGUCGGGGAGCCGCCUCCGUUUUCAUCCUCCGCAUCCCGCGGCGCGGAGCAGGAGGAUGGUGACCAAGGUGGUGGACCUGCGGUCGGACACGGUGACCAAGCCCUCCGACGCCAUGCGCGCCGCCAUGGCGGCCGCCGACGUCGACGACGACGUCCUGGGCGCCGACCCGACCGCGCGCCGCUUCGAGGGCGAGAUGGCCGCGCUCACGGGCAAGGACGCCGCGCUGUUCGUGCCCUCGGGCACCAUGGCCAACCUCAUCUCCGUCCUCGUGCACUGCGACGUCAGGGGCAGCGAGGUCAUCCUCGGGGACAACUCCCACAUCCACGUCUACGAGAACGGCGGCAUCUCCACCAUCGGCGGCGUGCACCCCAGGACCGUGCCCAACAACCCCGACGGCACCAUGGACGUCGAUAAGAUUCUUGCCGCCAUUAGGAACCCGGACGGGGCGCUGCUGUACCCGACGACCAGGUUGAUCUGCUUGGAGAACACACAUGCCAAUUGUGGUGGGAAAUGUUUGUCCGUAGAAUACACAGACAAGGUUGGCCAAAUUGCCGUGAACCACGGCUUGAAGCUUCACAUUGAUGGAGCUCGUAUUUUCAAUGCCUCUGUGGCGCUGGGAGUUCCUGUACAUAGACUUGUAAAAGCUGCCGACUCAGUUUCGAUAUGCCUAUCUAAAGGGUUAGGCGCGCCCAUCGGAUCAGUUAUUGUUGGUUCAAAGGCCUUCAUUGACAAGGCUAAAAUUCUUAGGAAGACCCUAGGUGGUGGAAUGAGACAGGUUGGAGUUCUUUGUGCUGCUGCUUAUGUUGCUGUUCGCGACACUGUGGGAAAGCUUGCGGAUGAUCACAGGAAGGCGAAAGCCUUGGCAGAGGGCCUGAAGAAAAUUAAACAGUUUACAGUGGAUUCAUCUUCGGUUGAGACCAAUAUGGUGUUCUUCGAUAUCGUGGAUCCACGCAUUUCACCGAACAAGCUAUGCCAAGUCUUGGAACAGCGCAAUGUGCUUGCAAUGCCAGCAAGUUCAAAAAGUGUCAGGUUCGUCGUCCAUUACCAAAUUUCAGAUAGCGAUGUUCAAUAUGCACUGACAUGUGUCGAGAAAGCUGUUGAAGAGCUAUUGAAGGGCGGUACAAAGUUGGAGCACUUGACAAAUGGUACUGUCAAAAACGCAUAUUGGCACUAGACGUCAGCCUGGUGCCCUGCUUGUUUGUGAUCAACGCUAGCUGUUAAAACUCUUCUCUAUUAAUGAAAUAGGCACACUCCUCGUUUGCCCGUUUGUUAAAAAAAACCGCUAGCUGUUAAAUUGUAGCCACACCUUUGCUGGAUAGUUAUAGCUGUUCACCCAUCACUCGCAUGCGUUCGUUCUUGUGUUGUAGUUUACCUUCCGAGAAUUUGCUUGAUCCGUUUCCGCUUCUUGGUAAGAGGGAUGCAACGAAAUUUGCUCGAGAAGAAGACAGAUGCACUGUAUGCUUUGUAUGCUGUAUGCACCGAGCAAAAACAUUGACAUCGAAAGUUAAAGACAGAGCAUUGCCAAUGCAGAAUA